AGGCGCGCCUUUGUCGGCCCCUCCUGCGGUACCAUUGGCUCGGCUUGGCGCGUCGCCGCGACCCUCCUUCCGGAAGCGUGGAUACUGCCCCUGAGACUUGAUCGUCGCCGUAACAACACUUAAAUAGUGCUUACCAUAUGCGGACACUGUUCUGAGGAACUCACAUCUGGGACAAUGGUGUGCAUUCCCUGCAUCGUCAUUCCAGUUCUGCUCUGGGUCUACAAAAAGUUCUUGGAGCCAUAUAUAUACCCUCUGAUCUCCCCCUUUGUUAGCCGUAUGUGGCCUCGGAAAGCUAUACGAGAAACCAAUGAUAAAAACAAAGGCAAAGUAGACUAUAAGGGUGCAGACAUAAAUGGAUUACCAACAAGAGGACCAACAGAAAUCUGUGAUAAAAAGAAAGACUAAACUGAUUGUCCCGAAGGAUCUCAUUGUUUUAAAAAUGGACCUGAUACUAUGAAGCACCUUCUUUGUAAUUGUCUCUGAUCUUUUUCCAAGACCAGAAUUUGGGUUAGAUAUUAAUAGUUUAGAUAUUUACCUGACACUAAUCAGGGAAUACCUGGUAUUUGUAUUUAAAAUGUAGCUAGUUAUAUUUAACGACCUCAUUCCUGAGUUCCUUUUUCAUUAAAGUAGCUUUCAUUUCCUUUAUUGCAGUUUUAAAAAUAUGAAUAAAUAUAUAAGGUUUGUGCCAGUAGACACUGUUACUAAGUCAGUACCUAGAAGUCCCUGGGGGCUCUAGCUUUUAUUCAGGCUCUUCAAAUUUGAGUAGCAUAAUUUUACUGUGAAACAUUGCAGUGAGACUGUGCAGUCAAAUGAAAGGUAGUUUUUGGAGAUGAUAAAAACUUGAAAUAAAGAUGUAGCUACUGUCCAACUCAAAGGAGUAGCUUAUCUGUGAGAAUAGUAAUUACUAUUUAUUGCUCUGAGGAAGAUAGAAAAGACAGGGAAAUAGGGGAAACCUCUCUGGAAAAUGGAACAUCCUUUACAUAAAUGUCUAAUGUGUAAUAUAAAAUUCUAAUCCUUGUUUUGUUCCUUCUGUUCCUACAAAUGUAUUAAAUAUUCAGUUUA